CUCCUCAUCUCUUUUCUUAUUUAACUUCCAACACACACCCCAAUAAAAUCUAGAAAAAAUGGAUCCUCGACACCACCACAAUGCCUACCAACCAACUCCACCACCACCGCAACCUGCCCACCAUCUUCCCACCCACCACCAGCCAUCACCACCACCACCCCAACACCAUGCUCCCUCCCACCACCAACCAUCACCACCACCACUGCAGCACCAUGCUCCCGCCCACCACCAACCAUCACCACCACCACCACAGCCUUCCCACCAUGUUCCCUCCCAUCACCAACCAUCACCACCACCACCGCAACCUGCAGCUAUAGUCCACCAUGUCUCUCACCAGACCACCCACCAAACCCCCAAGUACACCGACAAUAAACCCACUGUUAGGUUUUACAGCAAGAUCAAGACUAAUUACUCGCUCACCAUCCGUAACGGAGAAGUUGUUCUCGCACCCACCAACCCCUCCGAUCAUCACCAGCAUUGGAUAAAGGAAGAGAAAUUUAGCACGAGAGUCAAAGACGAAGAGGGUUUUCCCUCUUUUGCUCUGGUCAAUAAAGCUACUGGACAGGCAUUGAAGCACGCUACCGGUGCUGCUAAACCGGUUCAGCUAACGGAAUACAACCCAGAUAAGCUUGACGAAUCUGUUCUUUGGACACAAAGCAAGGAUUUGGGUGAUGGUUUUCAUGCAGUAAGAAUGGUGAACAAGAUUAAGCUUAAUGUUGAUGCAUCUAUCGAGGUGGACAACUGCCCCUUUCUGAUAUAUAUAUGUGGUGGUGUGGACUUCACUAGAAACAUGGUGUGCUUUCAUGUGUGUGGUUGCAAGUGCAAUGUUCAUGUCAUGAUGAUGGUGAUAUGUAUGUUUGAAUAAUGUUGUGUUUAAAUAUUAUGAUUAUGUUUCGAAUAGCACGCAAUUGGACUGUUACAUGGCUUAGUACCACCAUUAGUGCGUAUUGGACAUUGUACGGAUUGAUGUUCGUAUUGCUUGUUAUGUGUAGACGUAUGAAUGAGGAAUAAUUUUUAUUGGUGUAUUUUUUCUUGUAUGCAGAUUACAUAAAAAUUUGAGGAAGA